UUUUUUGAAAAAAAAGUUUCUUGCAUAGACUCUGGAGAAGAUUCCCCGGCCAUUAGUGACGGAUAGCAUCCGGGCUGAGAACUUCUUUCCCAGAGAUCAAGGACUCUCCUUCUUGGCUCAUACGUUCGACCAUCCUCUUCUUCGUCUGAGUAAGAGAGAUGGAAGGAGCUAUUGCUGAGGCUCUGGUUUCCAAUGUCGUCUCUCAGCUUGCCAACCUCCUCGCACAAGAAGCUGCUUUCUUAAGUGGGGUGAGGGAUCAAGUCGAAUGGGUGAAAGCACAACUCCAGCUAUUGCAAGGUUUCCUCAAAGAUGCCGAGUCCAGGAAGAGGAGGGGAGACGAAACAGUGGAGAUCUGGAUAAAGCAGAUGAGAAGUGUGGCAUAUGAAAUAGAAGACGUCAUAGGCACCAUCAAGCACAUGGGCGAGAGGCGACACCAAAGGAGAGGCUGCAUGGGCUCCAUUUCAAGGUACUCUCACAAACCUUGUGAAUUGAUUACCCUACAUAAAAUUGGUUCUGAAAUUAGAAAAAUAAAGGAAAAGAUCCAGAAUAUUUUUGCGAGCAAAGAUACAUAUGGCAUUACUGAUCUAGGUGGAAGUAGUACAGUGGAUGAAAUUUCGCAAUCACUCAGACAAUCCUCUCCUCACUCUGAUGAUGAUGACAUUGAUGUUAUAGGCUUCGAGAAUGAUAAGAAAAAAAUAGUGAGUCAAUUGCUCGAUGAGAAUAAGAAAGCACGAUGUGUAAUUUCUAUAGUGGGUAUGGGUGGGCUAGGCAAGACCACCCUGGCAAGAAAAGUGUACAACGACCCUGCAAUUAAAAAACAUUUUGAUACCUUUGCUUGGGUUUCAGUUUCUCAGAGCUACCGAGUUAUCGAGCUAGCGAAGGACAUCAUGAAACAAGUAAUGAGAAACAAAAAGAAGGAAGAAACAACUACAGGAGUUACAGUAGAAGGCUUAGAGCAGCAGAUGGGUGAAGAAGAAGUGAAAAAGACGCUCCGUGAUUUCCUAAGAGACAAAAAGUAUUUGGUCGUGAUGGAUGAUGUAUGGACUGUUGAUGUCUGGGGAGAAAUGCAGCGAGUCUUUCCUGAUGAGAACAAAGGCAGCAGAAUACUGCUUACUACCCGUGAGAUGGAAGUUGCAAACCGUGCCAGGUCAAGCUUUCCUCCUUAUAAACUGCACACUCUGAAUGACACCGAGAGUUUGGAACUCUUGUGUAGGAAGGCAUUUCCACCAAAACAAGAUGUCCCCACUGAUUUGAAGGAAUUGGCCAAGAGACUUGCAAAGAGGUGCGGUGGACUUCCUCUUGCACUGGUGGCGUUAGGGGGCCUUCUGUCAGGGAAAGAUCCUAACUUUGAUGCGUGGUGGAGUGUAGCUCAGAGCAUGAAUUGGGAAGAUGGUCCAGAUGGGAAGAAGUGUUUCAAUAUAUUGGGUUUAAGUUACAAUGACUUGCCGUCUCCGUUAAAACCAUGUUUUCUAUACAUCGCUGCAUUUCCAGAGGACUCCAUUAUCUCUGCUUCCAAAUUAGUCAGGUUGUGGGUCGCCGAAGGUUUCAUAACCGAAGAGCAGACAAGGACAAUGGAAGAAACUGCUAGAGUUUGGUUGGAUAAUUUGGUCCAGAGGUGCAUGAUCCAGGUUGUCAAGAGAAGCAAGGCUUAUGGAUGGGUUAAGAGCAUACGCAUCCAUGAUCUGUUACGCGACUUUGGCCAAUCGGAAGCCAGAAGGGAUGGAUUUCUUCAAAUUUGCAGCAGUGACAACAUGGCAGUAUCAGAUGGUAUAUCAAGUCAUCGUGCGGCUUUCCACAAUCGUAUAAAUGACGAGGUUGCCGUUUCCUCACCACAGCUCCGGACUUUGCUGGGCUUCGAUUUAAUUUUGACUAAUGAGGGAAGAUUUUUGAAUGGGUUAAACUUAUUAAGGGUGCUGGAUCUGGAGAGCGCAAAAUAUUUGGAGGAGUUACCUAAACAGAUCGGCAGCAUGAUUCAUCUACGAUACCUGGGAUUGAGAAAGACUGGUUUGAAGAGACUGCCAUCCUCCAUCCGACAUCUCCUGAAUCUGCAGACUCUGGAUGCGAGAGGCACAGAUAUUUGUUGGCUUCCGAAAUCAUUUUGGAAAAUCCGGACGCUGAGGCACGUCUAUAUUAAUAUAUUUAUGUUUCUGAGCGCACCGACAAGUGGUGAUCACAAGAACCUGCAGACGCUGCGAAUCACAACUGCAGAUGAUCACUGUAGUUGGGAUUUCAUCUGUUUUUCUAUCACUAUACUAGGCAUAAGAUUCUUCAAAAAAUGGGUUACCAGUUUUGGGCCUUUUGGCUUUGCUGGGGAGGAGGUGGACGGAGGAUGUGGCAGAAUGCUUGGAAAGUCUCUCGAAAAAGCACUCGAGAAAAUGGACAGUCUGAUCUCCUUCACUCUGGAUUUUUCUCAUAUCCCUUGGGACUUCCUUUUCGCUCAGGCACCAAACCUGCACCAGCUCCGUUCAUUGAUUCUGCAUGGAAACCUUUUUGGAGCAAGACCCAAACAACAACUCCCAGACAGCAGUCAAUUCCCGCCAAACCUCACCAAGCUCAUAUUAGUGGGCACUUUUUUGGAGCAAGACCCAAUGCCGGUGCUGGAGAAGCUGCCAAACCUCAGGUUUCUUCAACUACGGUGGAAUUCAUAUAUUGGGAAGAGCAUGUCGUGUUCUUCUGCUGGAGGCUUUCCUCGACUGCAACACUUGGAAUUAGGCACCCUAGACAAUUUAGAGGAAUGGAGAGUGGAGGUUGGGGCGAUGCCCAGCCUCACCCACUUAACUAUCUGGCGCUGCAAAGAGUUGAAGAUGCUUCCUGAGGGCUUGCAGCAUGUGACCACACUUCGAGAACUGAAGCUGAUUGAAAUGCCCUUUGAGUUCAAUGACCGGGUCAGAAAUGAGGUCCGACACAUCCCCUCCAUUAUUUUUGAACAUAAGCGCGAUGAGAGAUAAUAUCACCAACACCUUUUCAGACUCUGAAUCAGGAAUCACAUGGGGCUUGGGGAGUGCACGAUUUGCUUCCGAGUUCCUAGUAAAUAUAGUUUUCUUUAGUUAUUUAGUUGGAUUCCGUAUACGUUAGCUUUAUAUUUGGUUUGGUUACCAAAAUAUGUGCUGGAACAUUGUGACUCUCUAUUAUCUUGGGAUUAUUGUUGUUGAGGAUAAAUUAUUACUUACAUUUUUCAUUAACUAUUAUCUGGAAGAUUGAGUGAGUUUUUCUAUUAAAUUGAAUUUACUGAGAUUUUA